GCAAGUUCUACCAAUGAAAUAUCGGACACAAAUUUAGAUAAAAAAAUGUCGGCUGAAUUAUUAUUAGAAGAAACCACUGCCAUAACUGAAGAAGAAGCAAAUGCUAUACGUGAGACAUGGACUGUCUUGUGGAGUAAUAAGAAGGAAAGUGGAAUAGCACUUCUCAUAAAAUUAUUUACGACUUAUCCAGAAGCACAAAAGAUGUUCCCCAUGUUCGAUGGUUUGACAAUUGAAGAAGUGCGAUCAAGUAAGAAAUUGAGAGCGCAUGCGUUGUCUCUGAUGUAUGCUUUAAAAUCAUUUCUGGACAAUCUAGAUGAUUCAGACACGUUAGAUGGAUUAGUGAGGAAAAAUGCAAUCAACCAUGCCAAACGAGGUGUUGGUGCGAAAGAAUUAAUGUGGUUGUUACCAUUAUUUCUGGAACUAUUGGACGAAAUUAUGGAGGAGAGUGUCACAGAACUUCAGAAAAAGGCUUGGACAAAAAUAUAUAAUGUACUGGCAUCAAUUUCGCGGGAAGAGGUCAAUAGUUUAAUUGUGAAUUGGGCUCAAUUAUUACCAGAAGGAACAACGUCUAUGACUGAAGAAGAUGCACUCGCUAUAAGUGAAUCAUGGACUGUUGUGUGGAGUGAUAAGAAGAAAAAUGGGAUGACACUUUUUAUAAAAUUAUUUACUACGCAUCCAGAAGCACAAAGGAUGUUCAAAGAUUUCGAUGGUUUAACAAUCGAAGCAAUGACAUCAAGUAAAAAAUUGGGUGCACAUGCAUUGUCUUUUAUGUAUGCAUUGAAAUCCUUUCUUGACAAUCUAGAUGAUCCAGAUACGUUAGAAGGAUUAGUGAGGAAAAAUGCUAUAAAUCAUGCAGUGCGAGGGGUAGGCCCCAAAGAAAUAAUGUUGCUGCUACCAUUAUUUCUAGAACUAUUGGACGAAACAACGGGAGAUAAUGUUACAGAACUUGAGAAAAAGGCUUGGGCAAAACUAUACGUUGUACUGGCAUCAAUUUCACGGGAAGAGGUUAAUAAUCUAAGUGCUCAAUUAUUAGCAGAAGAACCGCCUUCUAUUACAGAACACGAGGCAAACAUUAUAAGUGAGACAUGGACUGUUGUGUGGAGUGAUAAGAAGAAAAAUGGGAUAGCACUCUUCGUAAAAUUAUUUACUACGUAUCCGGAAGCUCAAAAGAUGUUCAAAGAAUUCGAUGGUUUAACAAUUGAUGAAGUGAGAUCAAACAAGAAAUUGGGCGCACAUGCGUUGGCCCUAAUGUAUGCUUUGAAAUCUUUUCUUGACAAUCUAGAUGAUCCAGAAACACUGGAAGCAUUAGUGAGGAAAAAUGCUAUUAAUCAUGCUAAACGAAGUGUAGGACCACAACAAAUAAUGUGGCUGCAACCAUUAUUUCUAGAAUUAUUGGACGAACUUCUUGAAGAAAAUGCCACAGAACUUUUGAAAAAGGCUUGGACCAAGUUAUUUGGUUUAUUGGCAUCCAUUUCACAGGAAGAGGUUAAUAAUUUAAAAGAAAAACAUGAAUAGAAUUGGAUAUGUUAACAUACUGGCUUAGGGGUGUUAUCCUCAAUAGUACAGCUGAUCAUUGAAUGAAGGAAUGCACAAAGUCAGAAGAAACAUUAAGAGAAUAAAGAAAAUGAAAAUACGGGUUUGCUGAUAUACAAUGGAUUUUUUUUUAUAAUGUUUGCUUUCCUUGUCAACAUUUGGUGAUUUUUUUUAAAUUAUAACGCACGCAUCUCGGUUUAUUGUAAUUUUAGUUUUUAAA